AUGGACGCAGCUUCUGAUGCACCCGAAGCCACGAUGCAGGAGCAUCAUAUCGUCAAGGCAGAUGAGAUCGAUCAAACAGGAACCGAUAUCUCGCCUGUUUCAGAUGACCAACUUAUGGAAGAGGCCUCUCAGGCCGCACCCGCCCCUGAGAUGGCGCCCUCUGCCCCCGAAAGGUCCAUGAAGCGACCCGAUCUUCGUCGUGAAAACUCAGUUCCACCUCCACCUCUGCAGCCACCGCCGCCAGCUCCAGUUCAGGAGAACGCGGGCCAAGGAACGAGCUCGCUGAGCUUAUCCGAGCUGCGGAAGCUGGUGAGCGAUAUGCCCAAAAUUGAGCAACCAGCCUAUGCUUUUGAAUAUGCCGAUGCGCAGAGUUUUUCUGAGGAGCUCGACGAAUGGUUUCAAUACAAUGACUUUGACCGUGUCAUGUUGACCGGUACCAAAACCACCUUUAACCAUAAAUGGCCGGCCUUUUGCCAGCAACACCAGUCAAGUACGCCCGCGGUGUCUUGGCUCGAUGCAUCCCAUGAUCUACGGCACCUGUUCAUUUCUCGGAUGAUUGAGGACUUGCAGCAUUCGGAAGUUUCUGUGCGAUUGGAGGCCCUUGAAACCGUUUGUUAUGUCGUCACUGGUGUGUGGGGUCUCACCGGUGGAAAAGUAGCGCCCAACUAUCCGUCAGACGUGGACUCCAAAACAGCGGCUGAAACGCCAUUACAGAAGUCUAUGCAGAUUCAAUGCAUCGAGGAGAAUGUUUCUCUCCUCCAGGAAUGCUCCGGCGUGACCGCUCUGGUGGCGUAUAUGUGCCGCCUCUUUGAUAAAUCCCGCUCGGCAAUGGGCUCGGACUCAAGCAUCGACUACGAGAGACUCAGCCCGGGCGAUAUCGCUGCCCCGGAGCGUGAAGCUAACUUGGUACUUACAACUUUGUACUUUGCCGUGGAAGUCGGCCGCAGACAACAGGCGCGAAACCCUCAGUGCAGCUCGAUUCGCGAUGCAUUGACUGACUCAUCGCCAAAUCUUCUGGUCUCUAUCGUUGAGAUCAUUGCCCGGCUGCGAUGGGAUGAGUCUGCUAAUAUCCCGCUGACGAGGAUUCUCCUGUUGCUCUGGAAGUCCCUGCUUCUUGUCUUUGGCGGGGCCGAUGAUUUAAAGCGCGCAAAGGAAGUCCUUGAGCCUGCUCUCUCAGCUGAAAAGGAUGACACAAAACGCAGAACGCCAUUCUUACACGCGUCUCCUUUGGACUAUCAUCUCUUCCGCCAGGAAAUAACCUCCAAAUACCCAGCCUACAACCCUCCACCGCUUGUUGUUCCAUUGGAACUGGAGAACAAUUCCAUCCUACCACCUCUUCCGCAUAACUCAGCUAGAGCGAACGCAUCCAAUGGUAUAUUCUGUGGUGUUGGCCCAUCGGUCGCCGGUGGAAAUGGUUCUAUCCUCCAGCAGGCCGUUCACAUCGCAACCCCGGCACCAUCUCCACCGCCGUCACCCGCCGGUCCAGGAGGGAAAGGUGUUAAGAAACAGAAUUACCAGACCAACCAAAAUUUCCCCUUUAUGUAUCCACCCCUGGAUGAUUCCAGCAACCGCAUUGGCGGCAAGGGUACCACCGAACGCCAGGACGCACUGGUUGGCAAGAAAUGGGAGGGCAGCGAUGUUCCUGCGUCCAUCAUUGAAGCCGGAAAGCUUUUCUCCACCCAUGUCAAGAUGACCCGUGCGAUGCGGCAGCUCUGGCAGGAGCGUGAACACUUUAUGAAGUAUGAUCGGGGAUGGAACUCAGAGGAUGCUGCUCACUUCCCCGACAAUGUCUCAGAUGAUCUACCGGACGACUUUGAACAUUUGGAUUUGUCGGGCGAUGAGGAGAAGACGAAGUCUGAACCCGCACCAAAACCAGUAGUCAAAGAGACAGAUGAUCCUGAUAUCCAGCGGCGUCUGGAUGCGGUUGAGUCAUUCUAUUCCCGAACCCUGGCGUACCUUCAAUCCAUCACGAUCGUGUUCCUGAAGAUCAUCCUGACAAAUGUCAGUGCAGUGGUCAACCAGGCUGGUAGCCAGAGUACCAGUAACGGUCAUUCCAUGGCCAGCUCUGUCGAUCUCUUUUCCGAUGGAUCCAUCGAUGAGCUGGACAACAUCCGACUCCGCGAGAUCACGGGUAAAGCCGUGUCUGGCACUCUUUUGCUUCUUCUUAAGUGGUUUAAGCGAUCUCAUAUCUUGAAAUUUGAAUACAUGACACAGCUUCUACUUGACUCCAACUACAUUCCCUUGAUUCUCAAGAUGUUUGCGCAUCAAGACGUCGAUCAAGCGGUGGCACAUAAGAACGACCGCGAAGACCUAUCAUUCUUCCACUUCUGCCAAAGUAACACAGAUCACCCUCUAAACGAGGACCACUCAGAUGGCGACACAGAAAGUGAAGACGAAGCAAUGCCUCCGCCAAUCUCCCGCUUCCGUCCCGACCCAACAGCAAACGGCAGCAUGCCUGGUCUCCACGAAGAAGACAACCUGGAAGACAUGCUAAACGGCAUCACCCGUUCCACCCGGCCCGAAGUCGACGAACUGGGCUACCCAACCGCACCCCUCCCGAAAGAACCCAUCAAACUCUACUCCUUCCGCAACUUCUUCUCCGCCAUCAACUACCUCCACGUCAUGCAAAAGAUAACCCGCGACAAGGCCCACCGGUGUCUCCUCCUCGUUCAAUACAAAUCCAGCAACAUCCUCCGAAAGGGCCUGAAAAUCCCAGACCCCCACCUCCGCUUCUACACCCUCAAACUCUUCAAGUCCCAGGUCCCCUACUGUGGCCGCAAGUGGCGUCAGAGUAACAUGCGCGUUAUUACCGCUAUUUACCUUUAUUGUCGUCCCGAGCUGCGCGAUGACUGGCUCGCUGGCUCUGAUGUUGAUGCUGAGGUUGAGGAGGCGUUGCCGUUGGAACAGGCUUUGCGCGGUCUUACGCAUUGGUGGCAUCUAAGGCAGUAUAAGGAUGUUAUGGGUGGUGAGGAGGGGUCGUCGUUGGUGGAGGAAGAGCGAGAUUUCUUCGUUAGAGAGCUUGAGGCUAUGGGCUGGGGUGCUGCUGAGGAGACUUUGAAUGGGGUUUGUGAGGAGGAGAUUGGGGGCGUUAUGAUGCAUGGUAAUGAAUGGGAUGGUGUGCCGCUGCCUAUGGAGGGGUGGACCGGGUGGUCGUAG